AUGAGACGGCAGUCGACGCAUCGACUGCUUUUCGAGAACGUCAUUCCGUCUUUACAGUUGCAUGUGCCUCAGAGAAAGUUCGUCGAGGAGUACAAAAUGGCAUUCUGGCAUGAAGGUUUGUCAAUGGUAAGCGCGACCGACGUCGAACAGACGUGGCAUUCGCCCAUUAUCACCGCCGGCAUCAAAUUGGAUGGCGCCGAGUUGCAUUUCCUUAAGGUGGCGGCGGCGUUGGGCAAAAGCCGUUCACAGAAACAUGCCGAUGGAGGCAAAUGCGCCAGUCGUGAUCUGACAUCUUGUGUGAUCGAAAUCUGA